AUGUCAGCCGAAAACAUAUAUUCAAUUAAAACACAGGGCCGAAAUUCUUCUUAUCCAAUUUCUGAAAGUUCUCAUAUUCAUUCAAAUAAUCAAUCUGAAAUAUUCAAUGAAAGACGAUGCAUAUCAACAACCAUUCUUGCUUCAUCACUUGAUCAUUAUACAAAAACAAAUUCUGUAAAUUAUCAAAUAGUUGAUCAACCAAUGCAAUUAAAUUCAAGCGAUAAUUCAUCUUGGAUACAACGAUGUAAACAAAGUAUUGCAAAUAUUUUUAAACAAAUUUCUAAGCCAAUCAUUAAACAAGAUUCAAUCAUAAUGAUCAAUUCAGGUCAUCAACAACUAUCUACAUUCAAUUAUGAUCCUGAACUUGAUCUAAGUGAAGAACGUUUAUUACUUGUUUCGAAGAUUUUGUUAACAACAUUGCGUGAAAGUAAAAUAAAACAUUUAUCAUGCGAUAAUUUAUAUCUUCCAUGCAAUCAUAUUCGUAAUAUUGCAAGACAAUGUUUGAUUAUGUCAGCUGAAGAGCCAUUUGGUAUAAUGGGGGCACAAAUUAAAAUAAAAUUAACACUACUAUCAUCGAAUAUAACAAACACAAUAACAAAAUAUUUACCAGUCAUACGAAUAAAUCCAAAGCAAAAAACAACAUUUGAAAUUGAAAUCGAUCUACAUGAAGAUACAAAAGUAUUCACAUUGAGGCGUAUGCUUCCACGGAUGAAAAUGUUUCAACAAAUUAAAGAACGUAGUCCUUUAUAUGUAAGUCCCCGGUGUUUACUCAUUAAAAAUGUCUUCUAUAAAACGGCUGAGCCCAAACGAGCUCUGGUUAAUUCAAUGGCAUAA